AUGGCUAGUAACACGAGUUCGAUAAACGCCGUAGAGGCAUCAACUUGUGGGGUGUGUAUGUCCAAAGUGAACAAAAACGAGAUUUUUAAUCACAAAUGUGUUCAACAUUGGUAUAGUAUAACCAUUGAUACAAAUGCCAAAAUGUUUUAUCCUACUAAUCAAAAAGGGGAAUAUUUGGCAAAAGUGAUAUGUGACAAUCAAGAACAACUUGCUUUAAUUAAUAAUAAACCAAAUAGUCAGUUUUCUUUUAAAGAAGUAAUACGAAUGAACAAGGAAGUAGAAGCUGAGUCUGAUCUACCCACGAAUGAUUGCUAUAUUUCAGAAAAUGAUUCACAACAAUCAUUUUCCACAACAUUAGAUAAAAGUGCAUUGGAAGAAAUGUUGAUUGAAGAAGUAAGAAACAGACCGCCCUUAUACGAUUACAAACUGCCUUUGUCUGCCCGUGGUUGGCACAAAAUUGCAGAGUUAUGGAAAGAGAUUUCUGAUGCUCUUCAUGGUCUUUUGAGUCCUGAAGAUGCUAAAAAGAGAUGGAAAUCGCUUAAAGACACUUACAGUAAAGCAGUGGCUGAAGAGAAAAAACCUAGUGGGUCAGCUAGAUCAUGUUCACAAAAAACGUGGAAACAUUUUGAAGCAAUGUCCUUCUUACGUUCGGUAUCAAGAAGCAGAAACUCUAUUUCUAAUCUGACGGUUCCAAUUAUUGAGUCCAACAGAAAUCUUCUCGAGGAGAACAGUUCAGACAACAUGGAAAAACGUAAAAAUACUGAAGAUGAACCCCCUGCUAAACAUCGGGCUAAAGCUCAUGAUGAUUUAAGUUCAUCAAUUAAUCGUAUAGCUAAAGCAUUUUGUAACAAAGACAAUAAUCCUGUGAUAAACCUGCCAAAGUUGUCAGAAAUAGAUGCAUUAGAUGGUAUGUUUAUAUACAUAAAACAACGAUUGCUCAAACUUAGUCAAGAAAAGCAGAAUAUGCUAUUAAUGAAAUUUCAACAAGAUAUUGCUAAAGAAGAACAAAACCAACGUGGAUAA